AUGGCACUUGUGGAAAAAUCUAAGACAGCUGCUCAGCCUUUACUGGCCACAUCUGUUUUUGACAAAGGGAACUUCCCCUUCAAAUGCAUUACAGAGGAGACACCUUGCUCUUCCUGUUUUGAUUCUUCAGCCCCUCCUAAGCCCUUGUUAAUCGUCACACCAACCGUAACCGGCACUUACCCAGUAAUCGUGCUCCUCCAUGGCUUCUACCUCCGCAACUACUUCUACCAAGACCUUCUCCAACAUAUAGCCUCACACGGAUACAUAGCUGUUGCACCUCAGCUAUACGGAUACGUGCCUUCAACUGGACCUGAAGAAAUAGAUUCAGGGGCCAAAGUCAUAAACUGGUUAGCAAAAGGCCUCCAAUCCCUGCUACCUGAAAAUGUUGUACCAGACUUCACCAAAUUUGCUCUAUCAGGUCACAGCAGAGGCGGCAAAGCAGCGUUUGCACUUGCACUUGGGCGUGCCAAAACUGCCCUGUCCCUCAAAUUUUCAGUGCUAAUAGGCAUUGACCCUGUGGCUGGCGCCAACCAACAUUGCAGAAUCAGGCCCCAUAUCCUCACCUACGAACCUCAAUCUUUCAGCCUCUCCAUUCCGGUCACGGUAAUUGGCACUGGCCUUGGACCAGAAAAGAAGAAUGCGUGCAUGUCACAGCCAUGCGCUCCAAAUGGUGUGAACCACAAUGACUUUUUUUAUGAGUGCAAGCCUCCAUGUGCACAUUUUGUUGUCAAAGACUAUGGUCACAUGGACAUGUUGGACGACGACCCGCCCGGCUUGGUUGGGGCACUUUCGGGUUGUAUGUGCAAGAAUGGUACGGGUCCGAAGGAGCUCAUGAGGAAGACUGUGGGUGGGAUUGUUGUGGCGUUUUUGAAGGCUUAUUUGAAUGGGGAGGAUGUGGACUUGGUUGCUAUUGUGGAGGAUCCUGCUGUUUCUCCUGCAAAGCUUGAACCUGUGGAGUUCAUUAGAGCAUGA